GGCUCCGAGCGGCAGGCUGACGCGGCCCGGGAGCGUCUCUCCGAGGGUCUCUACAGCGACCACAUGACCAUGGUGAACGCCUUCAACCAGUGGACCAACGCACGCGACCGGCGCGCCUUCGCACGGCAAAACUUCCUCUCUGGCAGCACCCUGGAGAUGAUCAGGGGCAUGCGGCAGCAGUUCCUGGAGCAGCUGAGCAAGCUGCGGUUUGUGUCCGGCACAGACGCCCGUCAUCCGUCCCUGAACGUCAACUCAGAUAACCUGGCCGUGGUGCGGGCGGUCAUCAGCUCGGGACUCUACCCGAACGUCAUCUACGCACGGCCGUCCAAGCACCGCACCAUCUUCUACUCACCGGAGGGUCGCGUCUCUCUGCACCCCAAGUCGGUGCUCAGCCGCGCGCCCAGCCUGCCCGGCCACUGGCUGGUCUACAAACUGAAGAUCAAGAGCAGCAGUGUGACGGUGCACGACUGUUCGCUGGUGUCGCCCUACCAGCUGCUGCUGUUCGGCGAGCGACUGGACCUGCUGGAGCCAGAGCAGGACAACCAGCAGCCGCUCAUCGCAGCCGACCCGUUCGUCCGCUUCAAGUGCCCCCGGCAGACGGCCCAGCUCAUGCAGAGUCUGCGCUCAGAGCUGGAUGCCAUCAUCGGUCACCGUUUGUCCGACCCUGGUCAGACUGACUGGCAGCGACCCUCGCACGAACGCGACGUGCUCAGACUGAUUGCAGAACUGGUGACGAGUGACGACAUCCCUCCGGCCAAGGGUUCACCGUGGUGCGAGGCGUUCCGGCGACGGCAGCACGGGUCGCACGACUCAGACGGAGAGGGCAAGAGCUGGCGGGACGAGAGUGGGGCGGCUGUGAGGAGAGAGGACCGGAGGAGCGGCGAGGAGAGGGCGUGGAGGAACGCGGACCGUCCGCCGGCGCGGGACGCGCGCAGCUGGAGGGACGACAGAGGGUCUUGGAGGGACGGUGCUCGGGGUGGGGAUUGGCGGUAGGUGCGUCCGGGGCCGGUCGGUCGGGCGCCGAGACCACGGACAGCACAGCUGUCAGCCGUCCAAACUGGUCCGUGCAGUGGGCAAACCAUGACUCUGGGAAAACUCAGCUGUGGAUCUAACCGUGUUGGUGAAGGGAACUCCUACCCGGUUAGAGCAAUAGCUCAAUAGCUCAAAAUGACUCAUUAUUGCGUCUCAGAGCUGCGGCUCAGCGUAGUUAUUUCUCCGUCGAUAGUUGUGGCUCGUCGCACUGUAGAGCAGCGUGGCUAAUGUCCAUUGUCAAUGCCGACCCGACCUGCACCGUGCCACCACUGGCCUCUCCUCCCGCUCCUAGCGACCCGAGGCAGCCUCGGAUGACGCCUGAUAUAUCGGCUGUGCCGCCACAAUAACGAGACCGUGCACGUGGGCGCAUCACUCAGCGCACGUGCUCGUGUGAUAGGGUUGCGCGUGUCACACCGAGUCUGACACGUGAUCGCCCGUGUCAUGUUACGAGCUAUUGUGUCUGUCUGUGUGUGUUUGUUUGUGUGUGUCUAGGAGGAUGAAUGUUAGUUGGUGGAUGUGUGUUCUGCGGAACAGCCUGCGAGUGUGUGUGGUGAUUGGCUGUCGGGGACAGUGUGCUUCCACGCUAAAUAUGGCCGUGAUGGCUGUUUUUGUUUUGUGUGGCUGGUGUAGUUUAUUAUAUGAAGCCUUCCGUUUUUUGU